AUGCAAAAUGCUGGUCGCUGGAAGCUGGAAGCUGUCGAGUCGCACGGUGCAAACUUGGCCGCGCCCCAGGCAAUGCAAAUGAUGCGUCCUGCCCAAGCAUCCUCUGACGUCAAGCCGUCAAGCCGUGGGGCUGGUGCCCAAGGCUUCAAGGCUUCAAGGCUUCCAGGCUUCCAGUCCGCUUUCGGCAGCGCCACAGGCCAGUUGACCGCGGCUGCCAUACCAGCCCCGGCAGCCCGCUGGCAACUGGCUGUGGCCAGCUGCUAA